GUUAUUGGCACAGAUAAACAGAGAAACUCAAAGUAUGGCGGAAUUCCAGGGAAUGGGCAAUGGUCAGCACGUUACACUGUGCCUAACAGAAGCAGUAGCAGUAACAGAUGGUGAUCGACUGGAAAAUAUGGACGGUGUGAGUUUACAAGCUGUUACUCUUGCAGAUGGAACUACAGCAUAUAUUCAACACAAUCCUAAAGGUGUACACUUUCUUGAUGGGAAGUUAGUUGAUGGUCAAGUAAUUCAACUAGAGGAUGGUUCUACAGCAUAUGUCCAACAAGUUUCAGUACCAAAAUCAGGAGAUUGUCUGCGUUUUGAGGAUGGACAGGCAGUCCAACUAGAGGAUGGAUCAACUGCAUUUAUCCAUCAUACCCCAAAAGAUGGCUAUGAUCCAAAUGCAGUGCAAGCAGUCCAGUUGGAAGAUGGAACUACUGCCUAUAUCCACCAUACAAUACAAGUUCCACAAUCUGAUACCAUCCUUACUGUUCAAGCUGACAGCACCCUGGCGGGACUACACACAGGAGAAACCACAGUAGAUCCUGAGACCAUCAGUGCACUUGAACAGUAUGCUACAAAAGUAACCGGUGAUGGAAGUGAAAAUGUCAGCAGUACAGGAUUAGUGAAUGAGAGUGAUCAUGAGAAAAAAAUGCAGAUUGUUCUUCAGGGCCAAGUAACUGCACGAGUGAGUGCCAAGGCUCAGCAGCUGGGAGAAAAGGCUUUUCGAUGUGAAUAUGAAGGUUGUGGAAGACUGUACACUACUGCUCAUCAUCUCAAGGUACAUGAGCGGGCACAUACUGGGGAUCGCCCAUAUAGAUGUGAACAUCCAAGCUGUGGAAAAGCUUUUGCUACAGGUGCUGUUUGA